GUAGUUUAUUACUGGAGAGUAGGACGUCAAGAUUCAAACAGGCAAUUUUAAGAUUAAGAAGGGGAACGGUGGCUCUUGGAUGUAAAGCCGAAAAUGGAUUGGGCUUCCUCAAAAGGUGGGAUACAGAUGGAGCUACAAGAUCUGCAAUAAAUGAUUGGAGAUUCACAGUCCAGGCCCUGUUAGCAUGGGACAGUGUUCGUAUGGAGAAAAACGUUGUCAGAGCG